CGGCGAUAGAUUAGUCAGGCCUCGGAAAGAUGGCGUCCUCGGAGCAGGCAGAGCAGCCGAGCCAGCCAAGCUCUACUCCAGGAGGUGAAAAUGUGGUGCCUCGAGAGCCUCUGAUUGCCACAGCAGUGAAGUUUCUACAGAAUUCCCGAGUCCGUCAGAGCCCACUUGCGACCAGGAGAGCAUUCCUUAAGAAGAAAGGGCUGACAGAUGAAGAGAUCGAUCUGGCUUUCCAGCAGUCGGGCACGGCUGCCGGGGAGCCUGCGUCCUUGGGGCCGGGCACACAGGUGGCUCCCGUCCAGCCCCCUCACCUCAUUUCUCAGCCGUACAGCCCUGUGGGGUCCCGAUGGAGGGACUACGGCGCUUUGGCUGUCAUCACGGCGGGCAUUGCGUUUGGCUUUCACCAGCUUUACAAGAAGUACCUGCUCCCCCUCAUCAUGGGCGGCCGAGAGGACAGGAAGCACCUGGAGAGGAUGGAGGCGAAUCUCUCGGAGCUGAGUGGCAGCGUGGCUCAGACAGUGACUCAGUUGCAGAUGACUUUAGCCUCCGUCCAGGAGCUGCUGAUUCAGCAGCAGCAGAAAGUCCAGGAGCUUGCCCACGAACUGGCUUCAGCCAAGGCCACCACAUCCACCAACUGGAUCCUGGAGUCCCAGAAUAUCAAUGAACUCAAGUCGGAAAUUAACUCCCUAAAAGGGCUGCUUUUAAAUCGGAGGCAGUUCCCACCGUCCCCCUCAGCCCCGAAGAUCCCGUCCUGGCAGAUCCCCGUCAAGUCCCCGUCACCCUCCAGCCCCGCCGCUGCCAACCAUCACAGCAGCAGUGACAUCUCACCCGUCAGCAACGAGUCCACGUCAUCCUCGCCCGUGAAGGAGGGCCACAGCCCCGAGGGCUCCACGGCCACCUACCACCUGCUGGGCCCCCAGGAGGAGGGCCAGGGGGUGGUGGACGUCAAGGGCCAGGUGAGGAUGGAGGUGCAGGGCGAGGAGGAGAAGAGGGAGGACGAGGAGGACGAGGACGUGAGCCCCGUGGACGAGGAGGACCGCCUGGGGGUGCAGCGGGAGGACCGCCGGGGCGGGGACGGCCAGAUCAACGAGCAGGUGGAGAAGCUGCGGCGGCCCGAGGGCGCCAGCAACGAGAGCGAGCGGGACUAGGCGCCCCAAGGACAGCCGUCCUCCCCGGGGACCCUGCCGCUCCUCCUCCUCCCCCUCCCGCGCUGGAAGGGCGGCCUGGAGCAGGUGGGGCCGGGCUCUCCCGCCUCCGUGGGGCCUGAGCCCCGAGCUCGGGGACGAGUGUCCGGGCAGCCGGCCUCGCUCUCCCGAACGCCAGCCCCAGCCUGCCGCUUGCUCCGCCCGGCCCCAGCCACGGGGGCCUCGACCUCGUCCUCACGUCCGGCUGGGGGCGCAGACUUUCCGGGCCCAGGCCCGCCUCAGCCCCAGACGGGGGUCUUGUCCAGGGCGUGUCUGCUGAGCGCCUCGCUAACCUAACACCGUGCAUGACAAGAGGCUGUCUCCUCACCCGGCUCCUGCUGCUCCGAGGGGGAAGAGCGGCGUCCAUGUGCCCGUCGGCUGGCCGGCCGGCCGGCUUCUGUCGUGCCGCGGCCUCACGGGGGCCGGGGGGCCGUCGAGGCACGUGUCCAGAAGCCAUGGCCCUGUGCGUGCUCGCUCGCUCGCUCGCGCUCUCUUGGCCAGGGCCUGCCAGGGCCCCAUGGCCAGCUCCUGUCCCUCGGCUGCGCCCCGCCGUGCCCGUCUGCCCUGCUCCCGUCCUCGCUCGCAGCUUUGUGACUCAGCCAGCCCCGUGGCGAGACGUGGUUCUCACUCCCACAUAGGAGCCAGGCGUCAGGGCCCCCUCCCCCGUCUGCCCUCCCCCCCAAAACACAUGUUCAUUUGUGUGAUCAGGCAUAGGUUUCAGAAUAUAAGAUACUACUGUAUAUAAUUGUAAUAAAUACGAGUUGUCACUAUUUAA